AUUACCAGUCACAAGGAACCAGCAUUAAUGAGUGCUCUGGCAGGAAGCAUAACUUACAGAGAAGCUAACAGGUUCUGAGAAAGACGGAGAUAAACACAGGCGGCAAACCACUGUCUUUGAGCCGCUUGUCCUUUAAGUAUGUCGAGAUCCAGACCUUUAAGUGUCACUUCAGUGAUCUCAAAACCAGGAAUCUUGUGUUUGCCACUAUUCCAGUUGGUGCUAUCGGACUUGCCAUGUGAAGAAAAUGAAAUGUGCACAAGCUACAAAGAUCAAUACGCAAAUGGCUGGUAUAUCUGGUUCUUGCUGCUGGUUUUCCUGGUCACCCUUCUCUGUGGAAUAGUGUUCUUCUGCCUCCAGUGCUGGCUGAGGCCACCCCAAAAUGGUUCCGCAAGACGCACCAUGGCUGUUUUUGCUGUUGGAGACUUGGACCCUGUUAACGGGACAGAAGCAGCUGUGAAUCCAAAUGUUGGCAUUCACCUUCGAACCCAAAACCCCCAACUGUACCCUGUUCCAUGUUUUGGCACUUUAGGGCCCCCACCUCCAUAUGAAGAAAUCCUAAAAUCAACCCCAUUUUAGAUCUGGAUCAUUAAUUGAAAACAUUAUAAAUAUUUUUAAUCCCAAAACAUCAAAUUUAUGAACAAUUCCUUCAUUUAGUGAAAACUCCUGGAGAUUGAUUAAUACAGUCUUAACAAUAGGACAAAUAUACAAAAGAAUGAAUGUAGAAAAAGAAUUUUGGUCAUGAAGAUGUUUCCACAGUAAACUUGUGGACUCUUAGUUUAUCGUUGCUGCUUUCUACUUUUAUGCUUAUAGUGAAGUUCAUCCAUGUACUCAAAUAGGCAGUAAAUAACUCAUGGGGUGGCGUCUGUCAAGUUUAGGAUUCUACUCUAGUACCCAUCACAGCUUCUUCUGCCUCAAUCUCUUUUUUGAUCUGAUCUCUUCCUAGUAUGGAGUUAAUAAAAAUGAUCAUAAUUUAACCAUGAACCAAGCAGAGAUUUAGACAUGCCUAGACCCAGAACCAGAAAGAGAGUACUUGAAUUAGGGUGAGGGGAGACAGUAGGAAGAAGGACCAUUUGGAGUUGAAGGGUGAAGGUAGAAUGAAGAGAAAGAUUAAAAGUUCAAGGAGUUGCACGUCUCCUUGAGGAACACUGACAGAUGUUGAAGGAGAUUACCUAAGCUAUGAAGCACACGUAAUUCCGCAACGUGGAGACGAAGGAGAGGCUCCCAUUUCCCAUGCGUGAGUGCAGACUCCGGAGCCCGCGGACCUUCUCUGCUUCCUCAAGACUUGGCAUUUCUUGGCAAGCCAUGAUAAGAACCCUUGACAUAGAUCUCAGUAUUCUCACCGAGGAUUCUGACUACAGAAGCAGCAGUGAGGUAUCAAGUGACAUUUCUGCAGUGGCCGCGAGCAAGGGAGCCAGGAAAAGAAAUUCAUGGCAAAUGCUAUAUGAUCUUCUACUGACAAAUUUGUUGAACAGAACUGUUGACUCUCUACUUGUUUUCCUAAUAUAACUUUCAAAUUUAACUUGACCAAACGUCUCUCUUACUCUUUUCCAAGCUUGUUUAUCCAGACCUUCCCCAUCUCAACUGAUGGUAACAGCAACCUUCCGGGUGCUUGAACCAAAGACCCUGGAGUCAGCCUUGAGUCCUCCUUUUAUGUGACUUCCUACCUCGGAAAUGACUUGGCUUAGCUCUUAGCUCUCUCGAAAUAGGUCUAUAUUCACACAGUUCUUAACUCCAUCUCUGGUGUGAGCCACUCACUGCCAGUUCUUGCCUGAAUUACUGCAACAGUAUCUAAACUGGCGUUUGCUCCCAGCUUUGCUUGCUUAUAUUCCAUAUCUAAUGGUGUCUAAAGUAAUAUUCUUAAAGCGUAAGGAGGACCAUGUCCCUUAACUAAACUCCAGUGACAAUCCACCUCACUCAGAGAAAAUGACUAAAGUCCUUGACACAAGGCUCUGUAGAUACCACUUAGGUCUCUUUUUAUGACUCUCGCCCUUGUCCAUUUGCUCCAGGAACACUGUCCUCAAACCUACAGGUAUUAUCCCACCUCCACCUGUUCUUUUGGGCUUUGCACACACUGUUCCCUCUGCUUGCAAAGCUCUCCUCCUAGAUAGCGUCAUUGCUUCACCCCUUCGCCUCCUGCAAGUCGUUAUUCGAAAGUCACUUUCACAGCGAACCAUCCUGCUUUUCCUACUUUAAAUUGCAGCCUCUCCCAACCCUAGCACUUCUGCCUCCUUGUCUUGUGCAAUUUUCCUUCGCCCAUAGCACCUAUUGUCUCCUACGUAGCAUCUUCUACUGUACUGCAUAGCAAAAUUCUAUUUAUAUUCUGCUAUGUGUCUUCUCUUGCUAGGGCAUAAAUCCACGAAGGAAGGGAUCUUUGUGUUAGCCACUGAUUUAUAACUCAGGCUUCUAAAGCAGCCUCGCACUUACCAUAUAUUCAAAUAAAUUUUGUAAGUUCCCUGGUUCUGGAAAUUUCCAAAAAUAGCUGGAUGGGAAUUUGACGGAGAUGAAGCCUUACAAAAGUGAAUGUGGGUAACAGCCGGGGAAAGCUGACAGUGCUGGUAAGAUAAUCUCAUUAGUAAUCACUGAUGAAAGGUGCCCAGCGAAACUUGUGUUAAUUAUGCCCUAAUAAUCCCUGAUACGUGUGGAGGCUUUAGGGUGCACAAACCGCUUUCAGACUUCAUUCUCCCAAUAAGUUUUUAGCCUUGCUAUUCUUAACGUCAAGUUACACAUAGUGAGUUGAACAUAGCCAUUCCCUUCUUAAACCUGCUAAAGUUAUAGUAAAGGAGUAAACAUGUUUUUAAUUCACAAGAAUGAGGAGAGUGGCAAGAAGAUGAUGAAGAAAAUAAGCAGUGAGUUUUAGUACAUGGAAAUGUGUAUGUGAUGGAUACAGGUAGAUAAAUCAAAAUUGACUGGGUUUCACGUUUCUCCACUUUGCUAAGUGUCUUAAGGAAAGAAACAGAAUAAUCGAGCAAGUUCGUGCUGUACCAACGCAGAACCGCUCAAGAAUUAGAGGCAAGAGAGGUGAAGAGGAUUUGGGAAGUGAUGAUGAACUUGACCUACAGAAAGACAGCACUGAAGCAGCGCAGAGAAGAGCCAGUUCCAAUGGGAACAUCACAGCAAACAGCUGUUGGAGAACAAGAGGUAGGAUUAAGGAAGAAUAUGUAAUGAAAAUGUGGUGAUAAAUUAACUAUCAGUAAAUGGAAAGCAAAGGGACUGAAAACAUAAGGUGAUUAUAAAUCUGUGAAAAAUAAAAAUUGAAUUAAGCCCCCAAAUUUUUGUUAUGAAUAAUGUAAGUAAUUAAUGUUGAAUUAUAAAAUGGACAUUAUUCGUAUCGACAAGGUAGGCAGAGGAGGGAAGUGUGUAUGAGGGAAGGUGGCAGGCUAUAAUAAAAGAGUAAAUCCUAAUCUCAGAUUGUGUGGAGCCAAUGAAUAAUGUCUAAUUUUUUUUAGAUCAGAAAAUAAUGGUAAAGUACAUCAUCUGGAAAUUAGGUCAUAAAUAUCUGAAACAAAAUGCUAAAAUAGUUGAAAAUCAUUUCCUCGAAGAAAUGGGACUUGGAGAUAAUGCUAUAUGGGAAGAAGUGCUGAUUUUCAUCAUGAGCCAACAGUACUAUUUGACUUUUAAAAACAAAUGCAAGUGUUACUUUAAUACAAAAAAAUACAUAGAGUGAAAUACAUAAAUGUUUGGCAAAUUUGUACUUUGCAAUUGCAAACAAACAAAGGAAAUUAUACCAUAAGGAAAAAUGUUAAACAUAAAGGUCUUUAGGUGGUGGGGCUACAGGUAAUUUCAUUUUUUUUAUUCAUGUUUUUGGAUUUUCUAAUUUUUCAAUAUUGUUUGUACAUUACUCUUAUAGUUGAAGACCUCAGCAAAAUUCUAUUUAAAAAACACAAAAGAAAUACAUAUAUAUACAAAUAUAUAACUGCUUUCACUUAACAAAUGAGAAAAAUGGGCUUUGGAAAGAUAAUUGACUAGUUCAAGGUGCAUAGCUAAUUAGUGUGAGACAAAACUAGACUAUGUGUUUUGAUCUUUCAAUUCCUAUUCCAGGUAUUUUUCCACUAUGAUCUUUUAUCUUCAAAAGUGGCUAUAAAAAUAAACAUCAGAGAAUGUGGGUUAUAAUUACGUUUAUUUCAAAUAAAUGACUCUAAGGAAAGCGUUUUUGUUCAUAUCCUAUAAGCUACGUAUGUUAAAAUCCAUUCCAAUUAUAGAACAGGCAGCGGUUAUAAUUAAUACCUUGAAAAGUGUAAGCACAUCUGGAAACAUGGUUAAUGAUUCAGCAGCUGGAGUUUGAUGAAGACAUUAGUGAAAAUCAGGGUUGAAGCGAUUGGAAUUUCUUUCUAAGUGACUUGCUUUAUGUGUCAGUGUGAGUCUAACCGAAGUACAUGCUUGGUGCGUGGGUAGGACUGGUAAAAAAUGUUUGUUUUCAUUGAGACUUUUCCAACAAAGAUUUCUUAUCAAAUAUCACAGGGCACAUUUUCAUUUAAUGCCUAAAAAUACUUUAUAUGUCAAGUAUUGUACAAGGUUCUGGAUAUAUUUCUCCAACCAACUUUUUGAUAAUACUAGAGCUUCCACCACUUUAUUCUAGAGAACAGACAGACACCUGAAAGCUCUGUAGCAGGUGCUCUUUAUGGGCCACUGAAAACUACUGUAAAUAAUAAAAUUAUAAAACUAAUUUGGGUUGUAUGAUUUUCAUGACAUUUAAAGCAGACAUUUAAAAAAUAAACCUGCGUUCCUUUUCUGUUAUCUCAUUUCUGAAAAUCUGUGCCUGUAUCUUAGUUUAUCAAAAGUCAUUAAAAUUCAUUUUAACCUAGCUUCUCAGAUUUCAAUUCUGAUAGGAAUGGAUUUUUUUUUUUUUCUUCCCUUGUCAAAGAGCAUUCAUUUUUUAAAUGAGGUUUUCCUUACUGUUACAAAGUGUAGCUUUUUCUUUGAACAUCCAGCAGAGGGCAUGAAAGCCUGUCUAUGAUUCUAGCCCAAUAGCUAGAUUUGAUUUGAUGGCUAAAGGAAACCACGAAGCUGGAUUUUUGACAGACCCUAGCAGAAUGGAAUAAUAGUGAGUUUCAGAUUUGCAAAGAGGAAUCUACUAUUGUAGGUCAUAUUGCUCACAAUGCAGCUGAGCAUCAGGUGAGAUGUCUGCCAUCAGAGAGUCUAGGAAAUUUGCAAUAUACUCACACUUCUGAGGGUGACACCUGUGAGUUUGUGCUGCCUGCAAAGGCAGGGUAAUUUGUGUAUGGGAUGCUCACAUGGUCCGUAACACAUACAGCACUGACCCUAAGGGUCUAGCCUACUUCUUUUUUACCUGACCAUGAGGUCCCUUUUAAUUUUCAGUUUUGUGGUUCCAAAUCUGUUUCAUUUGUGUCAGGAGCACAAGUUUUAUAAAAGACAACUUUAAAAUUCAAUAUCUUUCACAGAAAUGAAAUAGAGCUGGGAUAGGACUAAAUAGCAUUCAUGUGGACUAUGAAAUGAAACUCAACCAGAAUAUUAUAUUUAAGGCAAAAUGUGAAGUACUUGAGGAUUGUAUAUGAGAAAAUGAGACAACAAAAAUGUGUUGGCUGUGAGUCCACUUCCAGUAGAGAAUGACUUUUUUUUUUUUCAGAUCAGAACAAAGGAGGAAAAUAGAACAUACAUUCCAAAGGAAUCUUUUACUUUUAAAUUUAUUUUGCUUUGUGAUUUUGUAUAAAAUAACAAUACAGGUUGUUUUUUUUUUCAUGUUCAAUACUAGAUCCUGGAAAAUAGCAUUUUUUGUUAUUUUACUAAAUAUAGCUCUGGGAAAAUGAAAUAAAUUAAUAUCCCUUUACAAAAUAGAAUAAUUUGGUGAUAAACAAAAUGUAAUUUACAUUUGUGCUUUUGGAAAUAUUUAUUUUUCCCUUCUAAUAUUAUGCGAGUCUAGACCAACUCUAUGAUUCAUGAAGCAAGUAAUGUGUACCAGUCAAGAUGUCAGAUUUUUAUAUUAGUAAGAUGAAAAGUGGUAUUGCCCAGAAACACUGAAGUUAUCGACAAAUGCAGGCAUGUUAAGUUUCAUUAUCAUGUUUAUCAAGGAAAGAUUUCCUCUUAGGAAAAUCUGUUUAUGGAUGCAGUAAGCAAAACUAAGAGAAUUUCCCUUUCUCUAGUAAUUAACAUAAUUAUAUUUCUCUUUAUAUUAAGUAAUUCAUCAGUUUUUAUUUUUUCCAUUGGAUAUAAAAACUGAAUUCAUGUAUCAAUUCAGGUUAUUCUCUCUAUGAUGCAUCUAAAUCUGGGUAAGUUUAUAAUGUUAAAAAGUCUUAGGUACCACUGGCUAAUUGCUUUCUAGAUUUAGAAGCCCUAGAGCUAUUAUUUUUUUUCUUGAAGAAUAUUGAGAGACAAAAUAAAACCUAGGAAUUUGUUUUGAAUAAUCAGUGGACAACUGCAUGCUUACAUGAUAUGAUACCAUGUGGAAUGUUUGUCACCUGCCAACAAAAUAGAUCAAUGCUAUACAAGAAGAAUUGAGCGAAGGGAUGGGAUGGUAGUCUCUUAAGGAUGCCAAAACAUUACUGGGGUGCUAAGGUCUUACUGAAGACGUGGAGGGUUUUUUAAAAUAAUUUUUAUUGAAGUAUAGUCAGUUUACAAUGUUGUGUCAAUUUCUGGUAUAUAGCACAAUACUUCAACCAUAUAGUAACAUACAUAGUUCGCUUUCAUAUUCUUUUUAACCAUAAGUUACUACAUGAUAUUGAGUAUAGUUUUCUGUGCUAUACAAUAUUAACUUGUUGUUUAUCUAUUUUAUAUGUAUUAGUGUCUGCAGAUCUCCAACUCCCAACUUAUCCCUUCCUACCCUCUUCCCCCCCGGUAACCAUAAGUUUGUUUUCUAUGUCUGUGAGUCUGUUUCUGUUUUGUAAAUAAGUUUGUCUUUUUCUUAGAUACCACAUACAAGUGGUAUCAUAUGGUAUUUUUCUUUCUCUUUCUGGCUUACUUCACUUAGAAAGACAGUCUCUAGGUCCAUCCAUGUUGCUGCAAAUGGCAUUAUUUUAUUAUUUUUUUAUGACUGAGUAGUAGUUCAUUGUAUAAAUAUACCACAACUUCUUUAUUCAGUCAUCUGUUGAUGGACAUUUAAGUUGUUUCCGUAUCUUGGCUAUUGUAAAUAGUGCUGCUGUGAACAAUGGGAUGCAUAUAUCUUUUUGAAUUAAGGUUCCCUCUGGAUAUAUGUCCAGGAAUGGGAUUGCUGGAUCAUAUAGUAAGUCUAUUUUUAGUCUUUUGAGGAAUCUCCAUACUGUUUUCCAUAAUGGCUGCACCAAACUAUAUUCCCACCAGCAGUGUAGGAGGGUUCUCUUUUCUCCACAGUCUCUCCAGCAUUUACUGUUUGUGGGCUUUUGAAUGAUGGCCCUUCUGAGUGGAGUGAGGUGAUACCUCAUUGAGUUUUAAUCUGCAUUUCUGUGAUAGAGAAUAAUAUUGAGAAUUUUUUCACGUGCCUAUUGGCCAUUUGUAUGUCUUCAUUGGAGAACUGCUUGUUUAGGUCUUCUGCUCAUUUUUGGAUUGGGGUUUUUUUGUUUUGUUUUUUUCUUAUUAAGUUGUAUGAGCUGUUUAUAUAUUCUGGAGAUUAAGCCCUUGUCAGUCUCAUCUUUUGCAAAUAUUUUUUCCUAUUCUGUAGGUUGUCCUUUUGUUUUGCCUACGGUUUCCUUUGCUGUGCAAAAGUAUGUAAGUUUAAUUGAGUUCCUUUUGUUUAUUUUUGCUUUUAUUUCUAUUGCUUGGGUAGACUGCCCUAGGAGAGCAUUGCUGAGAUUUAUGUCAUAUAAUGAUUUGCCUAUGUUUUCUUCUAAGAGGUUUAUAGUGUCUUAUGCUUAAGUCUGUAACCAUUUUGAGUUUAUUUUUGUGUGUGAUGUGAGGAAGUGUUCUAACUUCAUUGAUUUACACGCAGCUGUCCAAUUUUCCCAACACCAUUUGCUGACGAGACGGUCUUUACUCUAUUGUAUGUUCUUGCUCCUUAGUCAAAGAUUAAUUGUCCAAAAAUUUGAGCUUAUUUCUGGGCUCUAUAUUCUGUUCCAUUGAUCCAUAUGCCUAUUUUUGUACCAAUAUCAUGCUGUUUUGUUAAAAGUUUUUUCUUUUAAAGAGAGUUUGCAGUUGAAAGGAACUCUCUGAUAAGCUGCUAAAUGUAAUGAAUGGACAAUCAAAAGACAUACUCAGCUAACAAUAGAUGGUCACUGAAAAGGGUAAGUCUGUGUGACUGCAGGACUUCUGUUUUUCUGUUUGAGGUUUACAGGAUGUUUGCAACCAAAACUAAACUGUGUAAGGCUGUAGGGGAGAGUUUAUAUACUUUAUAAAUACAUGUUAUUUAUUUAUUUUUUAUUUAUUUUUAUUAUUUUUUAAUGGAGGUGCUGGGGAUUGAACCCAGUACCUUGUGCAUGCUAAGCAUGUGCUCUACCACUGAGCUAUUUCCACCCACCACAUGUUUUUAAUUUAAUAUAAUUUUAGUAGCAAAAGGAGAGGAUUCCAUUGAGAAGGCAGCAAGAAUUGGCAUAUUCUCUGAAUAACCAAUACUAGAACAUUAACUCCAUGUGAUUAAGCCUUAGCUCUCCAGUUUUUAUUCUCCAAUAAUGCAUUUUUUCUUAGUUUUCUUCACUUUUAUUUUGUCUGCUUAUGACAAGGUUUUCUGACUGCUUCAAUUUCUGUUAUAUUAACCAAAUCAGCUUAUUUUGUUUUUAUUUACUGAACUUGAAGCUUUUCCCUUUAACAAUGAAAUGAACCCCCCUUUGAUUUCCUCCUGUAAUCAAUACUUUCUGUGCAAUAACUUUAGAAAACAAAGGCACUGUAUAAUGUUUGUUUAAAUUUUAUAAAAGGAAAACUAUGAUUUGCAACUAGAGUAUCUCUCAAUUCCUUCCUCUAGUUCUCUGGGCUACAUAGACUUUGCUUUGCAUACAAAAACUUAAUUUAGAAAAUAGAAACAUUUGAUGAUUUCCACAACCCUUCCCAAUUUUCCUCCUAUACCCAGCACCUCUUCCAGCAAACUCAGGAAGACGGUAAAGGGCCAGGUCUAUCUGGCUUCAUUUUCCUUUCCUGUACCAAACCUGUAUCACAAAAGCAUCCCCUUAACUUCUCUUAAAUUUCUAUUUUUAACUACAACUUCUCCACCACCACCAUCCCUGCCACCUCCAAACAUUAUCAACAGAACGUUUAACCCAUCAGUUUUGUGGAAGAAGUUGAGUUUUGCAAAGGAAACCUUAUAGUACUUUGCAUUUUUCAAGUCUUCUAAAUCCUCAUUCAAAUACAGAUUAUAGAAAUUAAAAUGAUAGUAUUUUAUUUGAGUUAUAUCAAAUGCAAAGUGUGGGCAAUUUAGAUCCAGUUGAAAAGGACAUUUUCAGACAGCUGAAACAAAAUAGACUUUGGGAAAAUUGAUAUUAAGGAGUUGUUAAUUGUUCAUGUUGUUGACUGUGAUGAUGGUAUUGUGGUUACAUUGUUAAAAAGUCUUUAUCUGUCAUACAUAUAUAGUAAAAUAUUUAUGAGUGAAAUGUAAUUUCUGAGAUCUAUUUUAAAUAACUAAAAAAUAUUCUGUUUUCUUACUUUUUGGCUCUGGAGAAAGCCUAUAGGUUGAAUCUGAGCAUGUGUCCUCUUUUUACUUGCUAACUCUAAUUCUAACUUGUGGCUCUACUUUGCCUAAGCAAUGAAAUUUAAUAAACUUUUGAACCUUU